GCCAUUACCAUUUCUUGGACAGACAACUUGUAUGAUGUGUUUAAACAAACUCCAGUGCCAGCCAGCGUGCCACCAUUGGAGGUCGUUCUAACUGGUGGUUCACCUCGUGUGCAUGAGAGCUCUGUGGAGGCAGAGUUUUUAACCACCAGACCAGUGACUGGAGUGAGGUGCUUCCUUCAGAUAUGAGAAACACAUGACUACAAAGACUGUUCUUCUGGUAGUGUGUCCUUCACUGGAUAAAGCCUGGACGCUAUGUCCUAA